GUGCGAUGGAAAAGAGAUCCUGGGGAACAAAGCACUGCAUUCCUGGACACUUGAGCAGCUUCAGCGUUCCAGUUCCUCUGGAGCUGAACAUACUGCUGGAAAAAAAAAUAUAGAUAUAAUAUUGAAUGGACGCAGUGAAGAGAAGAGCUAGACUCAGAGCUCGUUGUGGUUUAGACCAAAGGUUUUCUCCUUUUCUCAUAUGGUGUAUAUUCAACCCUAUACAUACACUUUUCAACGCCGCCGUACCCCCAAUGCCCGAUAUACCUGCUGCUCCCUUAAAUAGAUAUAACACAAGAAGACCAAGAACAAGGGAGAAGCCCCAAGCAAGAUGUCAAACAGAUGGAAAUGAAAUGAGUAUUUAAAAAUAAAAAAGAGCCGCAUAUCUACCCCAAGUGUGACACCAAGAUAUAUACUCGAGAAAUUCUGAUAGAACAAUUUUCAGACUAU